AGAAACAAAAUUCGAAAAAAAUAAACUUUUUAAUAAAAAAAUGGACCAGAAGGAGGAGGGCCAAAUGCAAACCAAUUCACAGAAGAGCGGCGGUCAUGGCAACAAGAAAUGCACACCCAUCAGGCCGCACCAGCUACCAAUUCGACAAACCGCACUGCUAACCUGCUACAUGCUAAAUGCUGAUGUCGCACUUCUGGAGAAAGGUCUGGAGAAUACCAGAAGACGGUUGCAGCUGCUUCAGAUGGAGAAUUUUGAACGGAGGCUGGAACAGUUCUGUCAGAGUCUUGAUCGGCAAAGGGCAAGAGUGGCCGCCCUGAGUGCGGAUUUGGAUACAGACUUGAAUAAUAUCUGAGAAGUCCAGCAUUAGGCAAAGAAAUUCUCUUUUUCUGGGAUUUCAAUUCAUAAGCUUUUAGGAAAACUAUUUUGUUAUAUUAAAGCUCGAAAAUUAACAAUUAAAUUGGCUGACAAUACGAA